GUGCCAGGUGCCGAGCUUCGCGAAGGGUCCAUGGCGCUCAACGCCACCCAGCUGGCGGCCAACCUCACUGCCCAACUUUUGGCCCAGUCUAGCAACACGCUCAGCGACAUUCGGAACGUGGAGUAUGCGAUGGGCACAAUGGCGUUGCUCUUCUUGGCUGCCUACUACCGCGCCUAUUCGCAGCUCUACAAGCACUACAAGGAGAACAUGGCCACCUACAGGCACCCGCAUGACCGCAGGCACCGGUACUACGAGAUGAAACGGGUGUGCUACUAUCUGCUUCCGCGUGGAAGUGGCGCCACUGAAUGGUCAUCGGAGCUGAACCCUGAUGUGAUCGACGACACACUGUGCACGCACGUUUUGGUCGGCGCGCUGGCAGUGUCGGCUCAGGGACGCCUGGUGACGGUGCUGCCAAAGCACGAGGAGCUCAUCAGCAAGAUAGCGCGAACAAAGCUCAAGGUGCUGCUCUCCGUGGGUGCUAACCAUGCCGCAGCGCUGUCACAUGUGGUCGCCUACAGGUGGACGAGGCUUAGGUUCAUUCGGUCUGCCGUGCGCAUGGUUCGGAAGUACAGAUUGAGUGGCAUCGACCUGGACUGGGAGAUCCCGGGGUGGUUGAGCGGACAUGUCGGCGAUCGCUACCUCUUCAGGCUGCUCUUACAGGACUUCCGGUCAUACAUGAAAGAGACAAAGAAGGUAUUUCUGCUGAGCGCCAGCAUUUGCGCUAUUCCUGCGGCCAUGCCGUCUACCUACGACGUGCGAGGGCUCUCUAGGUACCUGGACUUCAUCAACCUGAUGGCGCAUGACCUGGACUUUUCCCGACCUUGGCGGCAAAGCACCAGCCAUCACAGCCCGUUAUUUCCGAAACUGCUCAACAAGCAUGACGAACGAACAGCACACAGUUGUGUGUCAGCCGUUCGCCACUGGGCUCAACUGGGUAUGCCGCAUGAGAAGAUUGUGCUUGGCAUUCCUCUUUACGCGCGUGUCUACCAACUUGAGGACCCCUCUGAGAACGGGUGGGGCAGCAGGGCUCUUGGACAAGCCGUUCUUCCUUUUAACAAGGUCUGCCAAAUAUUGAAGGAAGGGAGCGUCACCGUUAUGGACAAGACGGCCUAUGCGCCGUACGCCUAUCUAGGGGACGUCUGGAUCUCGUACGAGAACGUGGAGAGUGUCGUUCUGAAGUGUCUGUGGGCGGAUUCAGUUGGCCUUGGCGGUGUCAUGACAUACGCUAUUGAUAUGGACGACUGGGAAGGAAAAUGCGACAACAACACGAAGUUCCCAAUUCACAAAGCAAUAUGGAAGACGAUCGGCUGAGGAGCACUUCAGUUAUACUACUUAUUAGUUCUACAUGGUGUGAGAUGGCGAUUGUACUACUAGCCUGCAAA